GGCUUUUGGGCUUUGAGAGAUUGGGCUUUUGAAGCUGAUUUUACAACUCAAAUCUUUCUCCCAUCUUUCUCGCAUGCUUUGCGGCUCUUCUGGUCACAUUCUUCCUCGCCACCACGGCUUUUGUAACAUCGGUUUCUUAAACCCCUAAAAUCACUAUGCUAAAUUCCCGAGUAGUAGCUAGAGUCGGAGCUUCGAUCGUUAAACACCUCUGCACAAGGAAUUGUACAUCCUUGCGUGGAGUAGGAUAUAUUCGAAGCGCAAGAUAUCAUCACAAUCAACCUCUGUUUCAACAGCAUUCUUUUACUAAGUUAUACAAGGGAGCCAUGAUAGAAAAGCAUAAUUUCCUUUCAACAAUGACUACUAACAACACUACUGAGGAAGGAAGUGAACAAGAACAAACGAUAUCUGUAACUUUUAUUGAUAAGGAUGGUGAGGAGAAGCAUAUCAAAGUCCCUGUUGGAAUGUCUAUGUUAGAAGCUGCUCAUGAAAAUGACAUUGAACUAGAAGGAGCAUGUGAAGGCUCGCUUGCGUGUUCAACUUGCCAUGUUAUAGUCAUGGACGUAGAACAAUACAAUAAAUUGGAAGAUCCAACUGAUGAGGAAAAUGACAUGUUGGAUCUAGCUUUUGGGCUUACUGAAACAUCACGUCUGGGUUGCCAAGUGAUUGCUAAACCCGAACUUGAUGGAAUUCGUUUAGCUAUUCCUGCUGCCACUCGGAACUUCGCUGUUGAUGGUUAUGUGCCGAAACCACACUGACUCAUUUGUUUUGGUUCAAUGCAAAGAGUGUUGCUUUCAGUUUUGUACCCUCACCGAUUUAGAUAAAUCGGCAUUUAUUGAUCAUAUCAUAGGCAUUAUUUUUGUAUUGUCCGUGUUCACGGAGCACCUCUAUAUAUCAAUUUAGAGAGAGAUCGAUCAUGUUGUAAUUUUCGACGGGCUACAUUUUUGCGUGUCAAUAAAUUACUUGUACUGUUUUAUAUUCUUGAACCAAUAACGUGAACAAACACGUCCAAAACAUAUAAAUAUAUGAAAGGCAGAAUGGAGGACAAGAUUAUUUGGGCCUUCUUGGAUUCGAGAGUAUUGAUCCAAAUCAAA